AUGCGCAAGUUGCGGCCGGCCAUGGUGAAACCAACAGGAGGAAAGGAAUACGAAGAGAUCCGUCGGACCGUGGGAAACUCGCUCGUUGACCCAGAAGAUCGAGUUGGGGACGUUCUGAAAGACGGUGACUUUGUCAUACUCGUAAUUCAUCGAGACGAAACUGAGGAGGAGAAGGAGAGGCGAAGGCAAAUUGAACUCGAAGGUACCCGUAUAGCACUGGAACAGCUGGACAAACCCAAAAAAAUCAAAUUCGAGUUUGACCCGUCUCCUGAAGUAUCGUUGGUGGAUAAGCCAACGAAACUUUUGGUACUUGAUGGCGCUAGUCUCACCCCGGCCGAUCUCGUGCUCUGUGAAAAAGGCGAAUGCGUAAUACAGAAAGCUUCAGUUGAAUCUGAUCCGAUCUCAUUCCACAGCGUACGGGCAACCGUUAGCAUCCAUCGAAAGCACGAAUGCUGCUCGCUUGAAGCGUUUUGCGUCUCCUUUGUGCCACAGCAAGGUACAGUUGGGUGCAGCGGCGAUUUGGCCCUCUGGCUCAUCUUGCUCUUGGCCUCCUUGGUGAAGGAAAAAUGUGGAGUCCCUCGACAGGAAUCCCAUCGCAAUUGCAACAAAGUGCAAGACGCCUACACGUUGCGAUGCGUACCACAG